UAUUGGAAAACAGCGUGCGCAUUUGUAACUCAAGCGGACAGCAUUAUUUUAACUGAGAGUGACAGAAAAAAGGCAUCGAAAAAACCAUUUGCUCUCCCGACCCCAAAACCACUAGCAAAUGGUUUAGGUUGAUGGUUUCUCCAAAACUUCAGCUCCUUCCCAAGGAUUCGGCUUUCCAUCACUCCCUCCCCAUAUAAAAAGAGGCCCCUAGCUCGAUUAUCCACAACAAGCACAAAUCCUUGGAUCAUUUUUUUAUUUUGCAACACAGAGUUUGCAUUUCCUUUUUCUCUAAUUUCGAGAGCAAAGAACAGUCUUGUGAAGAGUAAGUAGAAGAUGAGUUCAACAAGCAGAGCUAUUGUAGCAGCCUGCGUAGGAGUUGUGGAGGCCAUGAAAGACCAGAUGGGUAUCUGCAGGUGGAAUUAUAUUAUAAGAUCCGCUCAGCAAAACACAAAGAACCAUCUCCGGUCGUUAUCUCAGACAAAAAACCUCUCCUCUUCAACUUCCGCAGCGGUUUCAAGAAAAGCAAGAGAUCAGAAAAUGAAGAAGUCGGAAGAGUCUUUGAGGACAGUCAUGUACUUAAGCUGUUGGGGUCCCAAUUGAGUGGUCUGAUAUCUGGUGAUCUGAAGGAAGUCACGAGGCAGUGAGUUCUCCGAGAAAGCCGUUGCGUGAAGAAGUCCUAAAAGAAUACAUACGGUACAUGUACUUUGUACAUGGCAAUGGCAUGGGGGUGGGAAAUGUCAGGCCGUACUGCUGGUCACGAGGGGAGAUGUUAGACUGUGUAUAGUUGAUGCAGAAAUAUCUGAAAUUGUAAACUGUAACGGGCAAAUGCUCUGUUAAUUGUAUUAUACACAGAUAUUAUAUGUUGUCUUUCA